CAAACGUUGAAUGACCCUUCUCCUCCUUCAUUCUUCAUUCACCUCUUCAAUUUCCACAUACAAAUUCAAUUCAAUCAAACAACAACGCCAACUUUGCCGCAGUCUCUCUCAUUUCCACAUUCAGACAAAAAACCACCCUCAAUUUUCUCUCUCUUCCCUUUUCCUCCCUUUUUCCCUUCCCUAAAUUAUAUCUACUUUCCCCUCCUCCAUUUUCUCCUUUAAUUUUCUUCCCACCUUCAAACUCAACUUUAACUCACUACUACCUUUAUCACUUCUUUCCCCUUUUACUUUUCCUCCCUAUUUCCCUCUCCACCCAAUCAUGGACCCGCCGGAGACCUUGCCGUUAGAAGCGGCGGAGAAGAUCAUCCUCCGGUGGGACUCCACCGCCUCCGAAGACGCCCGUGAGAAGAUGAUAUUCGACGGCGAACGUGAAGAAGUCGAUCUCUACCUCCAAGCCGUCGACGAAAUCCAACGCUCCAUGUCCUCCACCACCAUCUCCGACGACCAAGACAAAGCCACCUCCGCCAUCCAGAUCGCCAUGGCUCGCUUAGAAGACGAGUUCCGCAACAUCCUCAUCUCCCACACCAACCCCAUCGACCCAGCUUCCCCGUUUCUCCACCCCAACACCGAAGAAGACGAAGAUCAACACCACCACCACCACCACUCUUCUUCUUCCUCCUCCACCCCCCAACGACUUCACCAUGAUGCUGUUGAUGAUGGCGGCGGCGAUGUUGAUGUUGAUGUUGUUGACGACGGCAAGCUUCUCCGCUUCGACAGUGGCAGCUCUGUCGCUUCCUCCAGUGUCCGGAGCAGCUACCGCUCCACCAGCAGCAUCCGCGAGAUCGAUCUGAUACCCUCUGACGCAGUCUCCGACCUCCGCUGCAUCGCCGAGAGGAUGAUCUCCUCCGGCUACCUCCGCGAGUGCAUCCAGGUCUACGGCAGCGUGAGGAAAUCCGCGGUGGAUGCUAGCUUCAGGAGGCUCGGGGUUGAGAAGCUCAGCAUCGGCGACGUUCAGAGGCUGGAGUGGGAGCAGCUGGAAGCCAAGAUCAGGCGUUGGAUAAGAGCUGCUAAGGUCUGCGUGAGAACCCUCUUCGCCAGUGAGAAGAGGCUCUGUGAGCAAAUCUUUGAUGGUGUGGGAACUGCGGUUGAUGAUGCUUGUUUCAUGGAGACAGUGAAAGGGCCUGCAAUUCAGCUUUUCAAUUUUGCUGAGGCAAUCAGUAUAAGCAGGAGGUCGCCGGAGAAGCUAUUCAAGAUUCUUGACCUCCAUGAUGCCCUUAUGGAUUUGAUUCCUGACAUUGAUGUUGUUUUUGACUCGAAGUCGUCGGAGUCGAUUCGUGUGCAGGCUGCGGAGAUUCUCUCGCGAUUAGCCGAGGCUGCAAGAGGGAUUUUGUCUGAGUUUGAGAAUGCUGUGCUUAGGGAGCCUUCUAAGGUUCCUGUCCCUGGUGGGACAAUUCACCCUUUGACUAGGUAUGUGAUGAAUUACAUAAGUUUGAUCUCUGAUUACAAGAUGACUUUGUAUGAGCUUAUAGUGUCUAAGCCGUCGACCGGGUCGAGAUAUUCGGGUGAUCCUUCGACGCCGGAUAUGGAUUUUACUGAGCUGGAGGGGAAGCCCCCUUUGGCUAUUCAUUUGAUUUGGAUUAUUGUGAUAUUGCAAUUCAACUUGGAUGGUAAGUCCAAGCACUAUAAGGAUAACUCCUUGUCUCACCUUUUCAUAAUGAACAAUGUCCACUACAUUGUUCAGAAGGUGAGAGGCUCUCCUGAAUUGAGGGAGAUGAUUGGAGAUGAUUACUUGAAGAAGCUUACAGGGAAGUUCAGGCAAGCUGCUACUAGCUACCAGAGAGCAACUUGGGUGAGGGUGUUGUAUUGUUUGAGGGAUGAAGGGUUGCAUGUGAGUGGUGGCUUUUCUUCCGGGGUCUCGAAGAGUGCUUUGAGAGAAAGGUUCAAGGCCUUCAAUGCUAUGUUUGAGGAGGUUCACAGGACUCAAGCCGUGUGGUUGAUACCGGAUUCGCAGCUCAGGGAGGAGCUCAGGAUAUCUAUAUCGGAGAAGCUGAUCCCGGCGUAUAGGUCGUUCCUCGGGCGGUUCAGGAGCCACAUAGAGAGCGGAAGACAUCCGGAGAAUUACAUUAAGUAUUCUGUUGAGGACCUGGAGGAUGCUGUGUUGGAUUUUUUUGAAGGAACUCCUGUUUCGCAGCACUUGAGAAGGAGAUCUGAAUGAUGAUGGAGUGAAGUUGAGUUUUGGAAACUUUAGUGGCUAGGACAAAUUCUUUUAAUUUUUUCCCCUGGAGUGUUCAGGUGAUUGAGUGCUGCUGGCCAAACUGAGAUUUCUCAAGUGCUGUUCCAAGUUUUUUACCAUCCAGGAUUCUCUCAGAGGAAUGGAGGAUUCUAAUCUUGUGAAGAUCGAUCGGUAUUGGUCGUGAAAAGCCAAGUAGCUCAGGCCUGAAUGCUGCUGCCUGUAAGCAUGUUAUUUGAUUUCAUCAUACUACCACAUUCUAGAUUUUGUUUCAUUUGUUUAUAUUGGAAUUUGUUUUACGUGUGUUUUUGUUUAUUACUCUAAGGUCAAAAGGCUGUUUCUUUUGUAGCUUCAAGUGACUUCUAUACAAUGUGAUGAUAGUUUUGGGGCACUAAUAGAUGCAUGUUGAAAUUGAAAUCUUAGAUUAGCUUCAGCCUUUCGGCACCUGUAUCUUAUGUUUUUCUAAUGUUUAAAAGUCUCCACUAAAUGGGAAUUGCUGAGAAGUUAAAAGGCUUUUUUGCUUCAAUGAAGAUUCAUGGGACAUUUGGUUA